AUGUUAUUGCUGGGCGUAUUUCUGAUUCUUGUUCCAGCACUGAGUUUCGGGAAUUAUGGUUGGGGUAGAUAUUCUUAUGGUGCUUCUUAUGGAGGUUAUGGGUAUGGUUAUGGGAACCAGCCAUAUUCCGGCUCUUAUUUCCAGCCUCAACCUUAUGAUUUCACUUCAAAUAUGGGUGGCUUUUCACAUGGUUUCCGUAAUUUCCUCUACCCUAUCUACUACUAUCUUCCCAGUAAGUUGUUGAAAAGUGGUGCAUAUGGAGCGUUGAAAGGUGCAGGCACUGGUGCUGCAAUCGGUGGUAUCAUGGGACUAAUUGGAUGA